AUGCUGGGAAAGAAUAGAAAUUUACACAAUGGUCCCCUGGAAGAUCCUUUUGCAGGAGAAGAAAAUGAUUUGAUUGAUCUAGAUUUCAAUUCCAAUACUCCCUACUCCAAUUACGACCCACAACGUGAAUACCCUAGAGUUGGCUCUUCUCGAGCGACGCAUACUGCAGCCAACCCAUUCAAUGAUCAAUUUGUAAUUUCUGAUGAUGAUGAUGACGAUGACGAUGACGAUUACGAAGAAGAAAGAGGAGGGAAAGGAAGGAAAGGAAGUAUUCGUGAUGAGAUGGAGGGGGAAGAUUACGAGGGGCGUUAUGGACAAAGAUUUGCACCAGCAUAUGGAGAAAACAAGAAAACACGGAGGACGGGAUCAGCAUCGGCUCCCAACGGCACAAAGUUUAGACAAAACUCUGUACCGAGUCUGGAAGUUGAGUUUGGAUCGAGUAGCCGAAGACUCUUUGGAAACUCGGGCGAUGCAUAUGUCAAUAUGAACGAGGAUAAACCCCGAGAUUUUGACUUGACUCAUUUUUUCCAAAAAAUAAAAAACAUGUUUUCGGGUGCAAGUCUGAAUAGAGCUGAUAAUGCAUUGUCACCAGCAGUCCCCCGUGAAAUACAUGUUAUGAAUCAUGCUGCUAAUCUGGGCUAUAAAUACUAUGGUAACCACAUUUCUACCACAAAAUACAAUUUUGCCACGUUUCUUCCCAAAUUUUUAUUUGAGCAGUUUAGCAAAUACGCCAACUUGUUUUUCCUUUUUACAUCCAUUAUUCAACAGGUGCCGCACGUUUCUCCCACAAAUAGGUAUACCACUAUUGGUACCUUGAUUGUUGUGUUGUUUGUCUCUGCAGUCAAGGAAAUUUCUGAAGAUAUAAAGCGAGCCAAUGCCGAUAAGGAGUUGAACAACACAAGAGUCUUGGUCUUGGACCCAAACACUGGAGAGUUUGUGCUUCGAAAGUGGGUUAAGGUACAAGUUGGAGAUGUUGUUCAAGUUUUGAAUGAAGAGCCGUUUCCGGCAGAUUUGGUGUUGAUAAGUUCAUCUGAGCCAGAAGGAUUGUGUUACAUUGAGACUGCUAACUUGGACGGUGAGACAAACUUGAAGAUCAAGCAGGCAAAGACUGAAACGUCAAAGCUCAAAACUGCUAGUGAAUUGAUGCGGGGUCUUUCGGAAACAGAUAUCAUCUCGGAACAACCAAACUCAUCACUUUACACAUAUGAAGGUAAUUUGAAAAAUUUUGCUGGUGGCCAGGAUAUACCGUUGGCACCCGAGCAACUAUUAUUGCGAGGCGCUACAUUGAGAAAUACCCAAUGGAUCAAUGGAAUAGUUAUAUUCACAGGGCACGAGACCAAGCUUAUGAGAAAUGCCACUGCAACUCCCAUCAAAAGGACAGAUGUCGAAAGAAUCAUCAACCUUCAAAUCAUUGCCCUUUUCUGUGUCUUGAUUGUGCUUUCCUUAGUAUCAUCCAUUGGUAAUGUUAUCAAGUCAACAGCCGAUAAAGGCGAAUUGGGGUAUUUGCAUUUGGAAGGUACAUCAAUGGCGAAGCUCUUUUUCCAAGAUUUAUUGACAUACUGGAUUUUGUUUUCCAACUUGGUGCCCAUUUCUUUGUUUGUUACCGUUGAGUUGAUCAAGUACUACCAGGCAUUUAUGAUUGGAAGUGACCUUGACAUGUACUAUGAAGAGACAGACACACCCACGGGUGUAAGGACAUCCUCACUAGUGGAGGAGCUAGGACAGAUCAAUUACAUUUUUAGUGAUAAAACAGGUACAUUAACGAGAAAUGUGAUGGAGUUUAAGGCAUGCUCAAUAGGGGGCCACUGUUAUAUCGAUGAGAUUCCCGAAGAUGGACAUGCUCAAUAUAUAGAUGGCAUAGAGAUUGGAUACCACACAUUUGAUGAACUUCACACAGUCUUAUCUAAUACUUCAACGCAACAAUCGGCAAUCAUCAAUGAGUUUUUGACAUUGCUCAGUACUUGCCAUACUGUUAUACCUGAAGUGAAUGGUCAGAAUGUUAAAUAUCAAGCUGCAUCGCCGGAUGAAGGUGCAUUAGUUCAAGGUGCUGCCGAUUUGGGUUACAAGUUUAUAAUCCGUCGGCCCAAAACAGUGACUAUUGAGAAUGUGUUAACCAAGACGCAAUCGGAGUAUGAGCUUCUCAAUAUUUGUGAGUUCAACUCGACAAGAAAAAGAAUGUCUGCCAUUUUCAAAUGCCCAGAUGGAGAGAUUCGGUUGUUUUGUAAAGGUGCCGAUACUGUAAUCACUGAACGUCUUUCACAAAAUGAGCCACAACCUUUUGUGCAGUCAACUUUGAGACAUUUGGAGGAUUUUGCAGCUGAAGGAUUGAGGACAUUGUGUAUUGCGUCACGUAUAAUUUCAAAGCAAGAAUACGAAAGUUGGUCUAAGAAGCACUAUGAAGCUUCUACUGCAUUGCAAGAUAGAAGUGAAAAGUUGGACGAAGUAGCAGAGUUGAUUGAAAAAGAUUUGUUCUUACUCGGAGCCACAGCAAUUGAAGACAAGUUGCAAGAUGGCGUUCCAGAAACUAUUCACACUUUGCAAAGCGCAGGUAUCAAGAUCUGGGUCUUGACUGGUGACAGACAAGAAACGGCAAUAAAUAUCGGAAUGUCAUGUAAGCUUUUGAGUGAGGAUAUGAAUCUCCUUGUCAUCAAUGAGGAAACAAAAAGUGACACAAAAGCCAACUUGCAAGAGAAAUUAACUGCAAUUCAAGAGCACCAGUUUGACGUUGAUGAUGGAUCAUUGGAGUCCUCUUUGGCCUUGAUCAUUGAUGGGUAUUCGUUGGGAUUUGCACUUGAGCCUGACUUGGAAGACUUGUUUAUUGAAUUGGGUUCGCGAUGCCGUGCAGUGAUUUGUUGUCGAGUUUCUCCUCUACAAAAAGCACUUGUCGUUAAGAUGGUCAAAAGAAAGAAAAAACAAUCAUUGCUUUUGGCCAUUGGUGAUGGUGCCAACGAUGUCUCCAUGAUUCAGGCUGCACAUGUUGGUGUUGGUAUUAGUGGAAUGGAAGGUAUGCAAGCAGCUCGAAGUGCUGAUAUUUCAAUUGGACAAUUCAAGUAUUUGAAGAAAUUGCUUCUUGUGCACGGUUCGUGGUCGUACCAAAGAAUAUCAAAUGCAAUCUUGUAUUCUUUCUACAAAAACAUAACGCUAUACAUGACUCAGUUUUGGUUUGUUUUUGUUAAUGGGUUUUCGGGGCAAUCAAUUGCCGAAUCUUGGACUUUGACUUUUUAUAACGUGCUCUUCACUGUGUUGCCGCCAAUUGUGCUUGGUGUUUUUGAUCAAUUUGUUAGUGCUCGAUUGCUCGAUCGUUACCCAAUGCUAUAUCAGCUUGGACAGCAAAGAAAGUUCUUCAAUGUGGCGGUAUUCUGGGGCUGGAUCAUCAAUGGUUUUUACCAUUCGGCAGUCAUCUUUUUAUGCUCGUUCUUCAUCUACAGAUAUGGUAAUGUGAUGUCUAAUGGCAAGACUACCGAUAAUUGGGCAUGGGGUGUUGCUGUGUAUACCACGUGUACUUUGACAGCCUUGGGCAAAGCUGCGUUAAUAGUCACAAUGUGGACGAAGUUUACCGUGAUUGCCAUUCCUGGGUCAUUCAUCUUGUGGUUGUGCUGGUUCCCUGCAUAUGCUACUAUUGCACCAUUGAUUAACGUGUCCGAUGAAUACAGAGGAGUUUUAGCCGCAACAUACCCAUUGCUUACAUUUUGGGGUAUGAUCUUUGCAGUUCCCGUAUUGUGCUUGUUGCGUGACUUUGCUUGGAAGUAUUUCAAGAGAAGCUAUAGUCCCGAGACGUAUCACUAUGUGCAAGAGAUUCAAAAGUAUAAUAUCCAAGACCAUAGACCCAGAAUGGAGCAGUUCCAAAAGGCCAUUAGAAAAGUGAGGCAAGUGCAGAGGAUUAAAAAGCAAAAAGGUUUUGCCUUUUCGCAAGCAGAGGGCCAAGACCAAGAUAAGAUUGUCAGGUUGUAUGACACAACAAAGCGUGGAAGAGGUACCUAG